CUUCAACAACACGAUAUGUGUUUAUUUUGAACUAAAAUGAUAAAUCAAACAAUUUUAAUAAACAUUUUUACAAUUUACAUACGCAUUUCUAGUGCUCUUAAUACUAACGAAGACAGCAAAUUGAACUUUACCGGAUUGGGAUUUAAAUAUGGACAUAAUGUUGAAGAACAUAAUGUAAUCACAGAAGAUGGAUAUAUACUAAAACUGUACCAUAUCCCAGGGAACGACAGAAGACCUGUACUCCUAGUUCACGGGAUCAUCGACAGUUCUGAUACUUUCAUCAUCAGAGGAAACGGAUCGCUCGCUAUAACUCUUGUUAACAGAGGCUACGAUAUCUGGGCUAUAAACACAAGGGGUAACAGAUGCUCAAAAUUGCAUGAAUAUUUAAAUCCAAAUGAUGGAAAUUUCUGGAACUUCAGUUUCCACGAAAUGGGAUACUACGAUCUACCUGCAACGAUCGAUUACAUUCUCGAGAGAACGAAUCAAAAGCAAUUGACUGCGAUCGGUCAUUCGCAAGGCAACACCCUCUUUUACGUCCUGGGAUCAACUCGACCAGAAUACAAUGAAAAAAUAAAAGUAAUGAUAGCUUUAGCUCCGAUAUGUUUCCUACACAAUGUGAAGCCGCCAGUAUCAACUUUGCUAGAAUUAUUACCAACUGUUGGUAAUUUAUUACAAACUUUUGGUAUGGAAGAGGUGUUCAGUGAUGAAGCAGUUUAUAGUGGGGUAAUAAAAUCGCUCUGUAAUCAGAAAGAGGUUGGUUAUGAAGUGUGCGCGCGUGGUGUUUUCUUCGCAAUCGGUGGCAGUGAUUCUUCAGAAUUUGAACCUGAGUUUCUUCCGGUUGUGGUGUCCCGUUAUCCUACGAGUACAUCGAGGAAGAAUGGAGUUCACGUCGCACAAGUUGCUUUGCGUAGAAGUUUUUCUCAGUAUGAUUACGGUCCGAUGAGAAAUAUCGCAGUUUAUAAUACGAUAGUACCACCGUUGUAUGAUUUGGGGAAGGUGAAGAUGAGAGUAGUUUUAUUUGUAGGAAGAAAUGAUGGAAUGUCAUCUAUACGAGAUACGGAAUUGUUGAGAGAUAGACUACCCAAUGUCGAGUACCGCCUGUUAGAACACAAGAAACUCAAUCAUUUGGAUCAUGUUUGGGGACGGAAUAUGGACCAGUAUCUUUUUCCACAUAUACUAUCAGUAUUAAAAAAGUACAACUAACUAACUAGUUUUUUUUACUGUUUACAUGUUUAAAAACAUUCAUAAUCAUUUUCUUCAGAUUUAUGAUGUGAGUACCUUUUACGAUAUGUUUAGAAAAAAAAACAAUGAAAAAACCUAACACCAACCUGGCAAGGUUAUAUGCAAACAUAUUUUGAAUUCAUUACAGAUUAUAUAACACA